AUGGAUUUUUCUGAUUCAACAAACUCACCCAUCGCCAACAUCCAUCCAGACAUAAUCCAAUCUCACAUCCUUUCCCGACUGGACGGCACAUCUCUCACCUCCGCCGCCUCCACCGCUUCCCACCUCAACAGUCUCUGCACCGAAAACCACCUCUGGCAAAAAAUCACCACCGCCACUUGGCCUUCUCUCAAUGAUCCUUUUGCCACGUCACUCAUCUCCACCUUCCCAUCAUCCCACCGUUCAAUUUUCUCCGACUCAUUCCCUUCCGUCGAUUACUGCUCUCCCUCAAUCUCAACCGUAUCAUCAUCCUCAUCGCCCACAGGAGAAUUAAUCUCCGCCGUAGAUUUAUACUACAAGGGCAAAUCUGUCUUUUCGAAAAUACACCGCACAGAAACUCAUAAAGGAUGGUUCUUAUGUUCACCUUUAUGGAUUGAAAUUCUUGAUUCAAAUGAAAUUAUUCAGACACCGAUAAAAUUCGAGGAAAACGACGUCGUGGAGUGGCUUGAAGAAAAUCUAACUUUAAGCUGGAUUAUGAUUGAACCGACAUGUAAGCGUUCGGUGAACUUGUCUAGCCGGUUACCGGUAACCGUGAGACGCCACUGGCUGACAGGGGAGCUUGAGGUUUUAUACGCUGUGGUUUUGGGAUUAGUGCAGUGCACGAUAAAGGUCACGUGCUGUGGGAAAGCUGGGGGAGAGAUGCACGUGAGAGAGGUGAGUUUUAGUAUGGAGGAUAUGGAUGGAAGACACGUAGUUGGGAGGGAUAGUUUGGUAAUUUUGCAAGGGGCUAUGGAAAACGGGGAGAGAAAGAAGUUGGAUGUUGAGGAAUCGAAGAAAAGGUUUGAGGAAUUCGGUUUGAUGAAGAGAGAGAGGAGAGAGAGAAAAUUGAGGAGAGAGAAAGCAAUGGAUAUGUUUACUAUGUUGGUCGCUAUCGUCAUUUUUGCUUUUCUUUUUCGGUUUGUGAGGUUUUGGGUUUGA